AUGCAGUUGAUGAAUAAGGCCACACCAGAACAAUUGAAGCAGAUGCUAAAUGUACUAAACAUGAACACCACAAACCAACCACAUAUGAGUGCUCACAUGGCAGGAAAAGUACAACUACCAACAAGUGAUUCAGCUUUUAUUUCUCAUAUUGGAAGUGUUCAGUUGAAUGAAGGUAAAGACCUCUCAUCUGGGAAGGUGAAGGGGAUUGGUGAUAUAGAGGAUGUUCUUUAUGUACUAAGAAUGCAAGGGAUGCAACAAAGAAAUGUGAAUACAAUCAGGACAAUAUUUGUUGUUGGGAAAACCAUUGAUCCUGCCCUUUGGCAUAUGAGAUUGGGACACAUUCCUAUGGGAGUACUUAGAAGAAUAAAGGCUUUCAAUAAUUGUAGUAGUCUUACUUUGAAACAGUGUAGUAUUUGUCCACAGGCUAGACAAACUAGAGUUCCUUUUCCCAUUAGCAAUAGUAAAGCAGAUGCUAAUUUUGAUUUGGUUCACAUGGAUGUUUGGGGCCCUUACAAGAUGCCUACUCACAAUGGGAAGAGGUAUUUCCUCACUUUAGUUGAUGAUAAUUCUAGGUGGACAUGGGUUUUCUUAAUUGCUUUAAAGUCUGAUGUGAUUGUAGCUCUUAAACAAUUCUUAUCAAUGAUAAAAACACAGUUUGGCAGAAUUGUGAAGGUGUUUAGAUCUGAUAAUGGAGGUGAAUUCUUUAAUACAAAUUGUAGUGAAUUGUUUACAUCAAAUGGGAUAUUGCACCAAAGUUCUUGUCCUCAUACACCACAACAAAAUGGUAUUGUGGAAAGGAAGCACAGGCAUAUUUUGGAGACAGCUAGAGCAAUCAAAAUACAAAGUAAUCUUCUUGCACAUAAUAUUGAUUAUGAAAGAGGCAUGCAUUUUCUUAAUCUUGGUGGGACUAAAAUGCCUAAUCAUGUUGAAAGUGAGAUAUUGAUUUCCUCUGAUCAUGGUGAAGAUGAAAUACCAAGCAUUGUUGUUACUGGGCUUUCUGAUGGUGAACCAGGUCCAAUUGAGGUAACCCCACCUCCACCUUUAUGCACACUAGAAGAGGAACAUGUUGAGGAGGAACAUGUCCCAGAUGCACAGGACCAUAUUGGUUUAAGGAAGUCACAUAGGACUGCCAGGCCUCCUAUUUGGCAAACAGAUUAUGUCUUACCUGGGAAAGCAACUAGAAAUUGUUUAUACUCCAUAGGUGAUGUUGUGGACUAUGCUAGCAUCUCAGUCCCUUAUAAGAGUUUUUUGACAAAAAUCUUACAAGAGCAAGAGCCUAAAACAUAUCAUGAAGCAGUACAAGACAACAAAAGGAUUGAAGCUAUUCAAAGUGAAAUCCAGGCACUAGAAGAAAAUAACACAUGA